AUGAGUUACGUUAAUCCCAUCAUUCCGGGGUUUAACCCCGACCCAUCGAUUGUUCGCGUCGGUAAAGACUUUUUCUUAGUUACCUCCACCUUUGAAUACUUUCCUGGAGUUCCCAUUUACCACAGCCAGGAUUUGAUUCAAUGGGCAUUGAUCGGUCAUGCGUUGACACGACCCAGCCAGCUUCAAAUCCAUACGCCGGAACCGGGAGGAGGAGUAUGGGCAUCUACAAUUCGUUAUCACGCGGGCGUUUACUAUAUUAUGACAGCAAGCUUUCAGCGGUAUCGCCCUCAACAGGAUGACCGAGUUUGGCCACAGGGAUUCUAUGUCAAAACGACCGAUAUAUGGAAUGAGAAAACGUGGUCGGAUCCAAUCUAUUUUGAUCAAGUUGGGUUUGAUCAAGAUCUUUUUUGGGAUGACGAUGGAACUGUAUAUCUAUCGUCCACCUACAGAAAGACUCAGCCAACGGCUGGUGCGAAGCUGAAAGACUUUGCAAUUCACAUAUGCACAGUUGAUCUAGCCACCGGGCAUUCAACAUCAGCACCUAAACUGAUUCGGGAAUCAUGUUCUGGUGUUGCCGAGGGAUCACAUAUCUUCAAACGCGGUCGUUAUUGGUAUUUAUUCACAGCAGAAGGCGGUACUGAAAGUGGCCAUAGCGAAUGGGUCAACCGAAGUGAGAUCGGCCCGUUGGGACCGUGGGAGCUUGGGCCAAAUAACCCGCUCUGGCGCAAUGGUAUUGAGGACGAAGUACAAAACACCGGACAUGCCGAUCUGGUUGAGGACGCCAAAGGGCAAUGGUGGGCAGUUGUGCUCGGCGUUCGUCCCUUGCGACAUGGGGAUACAUGGGAAGACUCAGUGCUCGGCCGCGAGACAUUUCUAGUUCCUUUGGAAUGGAAGGACGAUUGGCCUGUGAUCAACGGAGGACAGAAAAUCAGCCUCAACUCCCAGGGCCCCGGUCUUUAUCAAUUCCACACCUCAGUAUCUUGGAGGGACGAAUUUUCAGAGCCACGAAUGCAAGUUGGUUGGUAUCGAAAAAUGCCAGCCAGCCCAACCAUGUACCUUCGCAAGCAAACCCAUCGCUUUUGCAGGUGGGAAACAAUGCUCUCCUUUCACCCGACGGCAGACGAAACCGAGGCUGGCACUGUGAUCUGGUUGAAUUAUUUUACAUAUAGCAGCAUUGGUAUCAGGAAAGAUAGCAGGGGCCGUUUCAUCCGUUUCCGCCCAUCGAAUGGGGACAUCGCGGAGCGUAGAUUGGAAACAAACACUGCGAUUAUUCUCACAGUUGACUGUGGCACCGAGUAUCGAUUUGGGUAUCGUGAAGACAUAGAAUCUGACGUUCAUUGGAUAGGUGCAGUUUCGAACAAUACUGCUACGGCAGCACCUCCGGUUGGGGCCAAUUUUACCGGCAUGAUGCUGGGGCUGUAUGCAUUUGGAGAGCGCCAGCGAUGCUUGGCACCAGCUGAUUUUGCGUACGCAGAGUUUAGAUAA